AUGUAAUAAAAAUAAAAAAAAAUAUUGAAAACAAAAAAAUUAAAGGACUUUGAUAAUAAGUAAAUGAAUGUCACUUUAAGGCAAAACACUAUUGAAUAAGGAAAAAAACAAGAAUACAUAGUAACAUACAAUUGCCUUCCGAAUUCUAAAUGGGGAAGGAUAUAUCUAAAUGUAUAUAUUAAUGAAACUCAUUAAAAAAAUUUGAAUUUUUCAUUUUUAAAAAUAUGCAAUAAUCCACAAUAAAAAUAUGAUAUUUCUAUAUUAAUUCUUAUGGUAGUUUCAAUAAUAAUAGCAGGAAUAGGAGCUAUAUAAAUAGAAAAUCCAAUAAUAAUAGAUAACGAAGAAUAAAUAUAAGAAGUAUCAAAAACUCAUGCAUUUACAUUUGUUUUAACUGCUUCAUUUUUCCUCAUUAUACUAUAUUAUUUUUAUUAUUAUCUUUCUUAAUUAUUAAAAAUCUUGAUAUUAAUAUCAGGCUUUUCUUCUUCUUCUUUAUUAAUAACUGAAUAUUUAGAUAAAUUAUAAUUUAUGCCAAAGAAAAAUUUUGAAUUUAAAUAUUUAGGAAUAUUAUCAUUUAAUUAUAUAGUAUCAUGUUGUAUAUCUUCUAUACUUAUCUUAUUUUAUGCAUUAACUUAAAAUUGGAUUUUAUCAAAUUUGAUUGCCUUUUCAAUUAUAUUUUUAAUGUUUAAAAUUAUUAGAGUUCCUUCAUAUAAAAUUGCCUUCAUUUUAUUAUCUAUGGCUUUUCUUUAUGAUAUUUAUUGGGUCUUUUUAAGCUCAAAUAUAUUCGGUUAAUCCGUUAUGGCCGCAGUGGCUACUAAAUUAGAUUUACCAAUGAUGCUUUAUUGUCCUAAAUUAAGCGAUUAUCCAGUAUAGACUUGCUCUUUGAUUGGAUUGGGGGAUAUUGCUUUGCCAGGAAUUUUUUUGGCUUACUGUUAUAAAUUCAGUAGAUAAAAAUAUAAUAAUAGUACUUACUUUUUAACUUCUUAUGCUGGAUAUAUUAUUGGGAUUCUUAUUUGUGUUAUUUGUUUAACAGUUUUUAAUACUGCCUAACCUGCUCUGCUUUAUUUAAGUCCUUGCACUCUUAUUCCGGUUGGUAUUCAUGCACUUCUUAAAAAUGAUUUUAUGGAAAUGUGGAAUGGUAUACAAUAAAAAGUUAAUUUUGAAAAAACUAAUGGAUUUUAAUAAUAAGAAAUUAAAGGUACAUUUUAGUAUUUGGAUGAAAAAGAUGAAUUAUGA